AUGGAGCAGUUUGGGCAUUGUCGCCAGGACCCGGGUGGUCGAUGCGCUGAUGGUCAACUCUGCAGUGCUGGCUCUUUUUGUGACCUGGGCGUAUGCAGGUGUCCACUUGGCUACCAGUUUAGUGCUGCGCAAAAAAUUUGCAUAUUAUCAGUUGUGAAGGCUGGUGCAAGUUGUCACUACGGUGAACGAUGUUCCAGUGGAAGUCUGUGCCGAUUUGGGGUUUGUAUGUGUGCCGUUGGUUAUCAGCUUGCCAAUGAGAAAUGCGUGAAAUUACCAGGAAAUGCUUCAAAAUCCGGGAAAUUAAAUCCGGACCGGGAAGCAAACAAACUAGAAAUACCUGCUGCAGACUGUUUUUUAAAAGGUACAUGUGAUCAACAAGAAAAUGAAUUCAGUUGGAAUUCGACGGAAACUUACGGCAUUGGGGAAACAGAAAAUCAGGAGCGUCGGUAUAGUAUCGAAACCUUGAAGCCAGUAAUCCAAAAGACCAAUAAUGCAGCACCAGGCCAAUUUUGUGAUCGGACAACUCAAUGUACCGGGGGUUCAACGUGUUUUGCGAAUACCUGCACCUGUUUACUAGGUACACAGCUAACGGCUGGAGAAUGCUUGGAUUCGCUGAGCCAGGAACGUUUUGUUACCGAGAAUCCGCGUUAUGAAGUUCCGAAAUCUGUAGAACAAGUACCAUCAGCUCCAGAAACUCCCACGCUUCUUCGAAGCGGCAUGAACGGAACUUCCGGUGUUUACCAGAACACGGAAUAUUCUACAGAACCGGUUAUUCUGCCGUGCAAAAGCAAUAGCCAGUGUCCACCAUGGAAACAAUGUAAGCGAGGUGUUUGCCGGUGCAGAAGCAACGAAACCAGCGUUGGAAAAUGGUGCAUUGAAGUAGCGCACAGGGUUCUACCAGGACAGCAGUGCGACGAGUCACGGAAAUGCGUGGGUGAGUCACGUUGCUUGCGUGGAAUUUGCAUUUGUACAGAUGGACUGGCGAGUACGGGAUUGGAAUGUGGUUUCCUGCUGGAAGACCGUGAAAAAGCGCAGUACGCAGGAAAUUUAGGUGGAAAAGCACAAACUGCAGGGAGAGUAGAAAUUGGAAAAAGUUGUCUGAAUGGAGAGAUUUGCCUUGGUGGUUCCACGUGCCAGCAUGGAUUCUGUUCCUGCGGAGCCAAUGAAUUUAUCGAUGAAACGGGAGCGUGUCAGAAACUAUAUGAAGCUGAUGGAAGCUUGGGAUCCUGGAAACAUCAUAUAUUGUCGGUCGGCAACGAGAAUUCCGGAAACACCGGACUAAUGUCGUUGGCUGAAACAACCCAGAAAUCCCGCCCCGGAUUCUUUUAUCCGGUUCCAGAUAACAAAAAUGCACCGGACCAAAGAAUUUCCGGUUCGGGUCUGCCAGGGGAAGCAUGCACAUUGGGUGGCCUGUGUUGGAACGGAGCUCGUUGCGCCGAAAGCAUGAAAUGUGAAUGCUAUCCUGGCUACAUUGCUGUUGAUGGGUACUGUCGGCCGAAAGUGGUACCACUGGACGGAUACUGUGAAAUGGAUGAACAGUGCCCGAGUGGUGCUGUUUGCGAGAACUCACGUUGCCGUUGCUUGGAUUCUUAUACCGAGCAAUCAGGAAAUUGCCAGAAAAUGGAACCAUUGGAACCCAAAGGCGAUUGCACUUCGUUGAACCAAGAUGGUUGUAGUGAUCAGAAGUCAGCAUGUCAACCAGGGACUGGUCUGUGCCCGUGUCCACAUGGCCAACUGCUUUUGAAUGGAAUUUGUCAACCUGCUUCUAAAUAUCCACUAAAUUGUAAUCAAGCUGAGGAUUGUCAUCCGCUGGCAUACUGUAACAAAGGUUACUGUAUUUGUCAAGAUGCUAGUACCAUGGUUGCAGUUUACUGUGUGCCACAGCAUGAAAUUGUUGUAGGGGAGGAUCAGGAAGAGGAGGAACCGAGUUCUGGAGAAAAUUUGCUCCCGGAAGAAAAAUUGAUGUUCGGCAAUAAAAUUUUGGAAAGCGGUAACAAUUUUUCGCACUCUGAGACUUUAGGAAUUUCGAUGAAUGGACGAAAUUCGAGCGAAGUUUCGCGCAAAAUCCAUAAGAUUUCUCGUUUGAGUUCUGGACAAUCCGCAGAAGAUCCGAGUUUUUCGAUUUCCAAUUCGUCAUCUUUGGAAUCUUGUAGGCACAAUCAGCAGUGCCCACCUCAUUCCUAUUGUAUGCGUCCAAAAUGUGUGUGUAAAAUCGGCUUUGUUGCAUUUAACGAGUCAUGCCGAGCAUUUCGUGCCCCUUAUACGCGAUGUGAGGUGAGUGACAUUUGCGCCGGGAAUUCGCUUUGCUUGGGCGGUUUUUGUCAGUGUGCUCCAGGACGGAAAUUAGCCCAGGGGAGUUGUGUCCUCGAAAAGCACCUCUCAAAGUUAGGCCAAUCGUGUACCACACAAAAUCCCCAGACUCAUUUGAAUAUUCGAAAACUUGCACUUCCGGCUCGAAUAUGUAUCGAUGGGACAAACUGCGUGAAUGGUUGGUGCACAUGCGAACGCGGAACAGUUCCUGAUCCAAAAACUGGAACCUGUAUAAGUAGACUUCUUUCAUCCGGAAAAUUAUAUCGAGUUCGAAGACGAACAGAAAAUCCAAAGAAUGCACCACUUGCGGUUUCGGAAAAUUACGAGGACUGUGAGAACGUGACAAAAUGCUUCCUGGGAAGUUAG